AGAAAGAAAGAAAAUAAAGUAAAAUAAAAUAAAGUAAAAAAUAAUAAAGUUAUUAAAUUAGAAAAUAAUUAUUAAGAAAAAAAUGAAAAAAAAAAACGGACGGAUAGAACCUUAGGACAAAUGGUGGAAGCAAAGCUAUACAGACAAAAUCUCACACAGAAGCAUACACAUACACACUGACAAAAAGAGGAAAAGGGGAAAAAAUCAUAGAUCUUGCUCUCAUAGUCCACCUCCUCCAUUUGCGAUGAUUCGUUUUCUAUUCAUGUAUUCCACAGAUUCAGGGUACAUCAAGUUGAUUGUGGAGCUUUAAUCCGCUGCUUCUGAGGCUGCUGGGAGAGAUUUCCCGUCUCUUCUUUGUUACCACAGCUCCCGGGGCUCAGCUUUGGAUUCGGCCCCGCCUCUGCGUGUAGGUCGCCGGAGGGCAUCUGUUUUUUGCUCAGACAUGACGGGGUUAAAGGAGCCGCUGAUUCGGGGGCUCUGGCUCACUCAGGCCGGGAGGAGGGAGGGGCGCGGAGUGCGGGGCCAGCCUGCGGCGGCAGAGGCCACUGUAACGUUGCACCAGCCUGAGGCCUGCCGUGCGUUCUCCCGGGGAAGUUGUCCCUGGAUCCCGGGAACCCGGCAGUGACCGGCUGCACCGGCUCCCCGGAAGGGAGGUGUGGAGAGUACCUGUGCUCGCACACAGGCUUCUUGGCGGCGGCAGCAGCAGCCUUAGCGUCUCCCGCCCGUCUCUGGGGUCCGCGCUUUUAGCCGCGGCUCGCGCCCGUCUCUGGAGCUCCUUUCAGCAGCGCUCUUAAUCCCCUCUCCUCGUGCACCAGGAAACAGAGGCGAGAAAAAGUCUCUUGCCUCUUCGGCAGCUCCAGACCUUUUCCCGGACUCCCUCCCGGCUAUCCGUGGUGCACUAACCCCUCAGGCUGUGUUCACGCCGCCAACCCCAGUCCUCUCCCUGCGCUCAGACCAAAGCCCAAGCCUCAGCUCGCAACCCCACCCGCCCCGGUGGGUGAGCAGACAAGCCUCUCGGGCUGGUGAGUGCCGGUCGGCACCGAUCCUCUGUGCGGGAAUCUCCCCGCUGUGCCCUCCGCACCCCUGUGGCUGCGCUCUCCUCCCCGGCUCUGAAGCUUUCCCCCUCCGCCACCUGCAGUCUCCGCCCGUGAAGGGGCUUCCUAGUGUGUGGAAACCUUUCCUCCUUCACAGAUCCCUCCCACUGGUGCAGGUCCCGUCCCUAUUCUUUUGUCUCUGUUUUUCCUUUUGCCCUACGCAGGUACGUGGGGAGUUUCUUACCUUUUGGAAGGUCUGAGGUCUUCUGCGAGCAUUCAGUAGGUGUUCUGUACGAGUUGUUCCACGUGCAGAUGUAUUUCUGGUGUAUCUGUGGGGAGCAAGGUGAUCUCCGCGUCUUAGUCUUCUGCCAUCUUCCCUGAGUAAUUUUGAAUCAUAUGCUGGACGUUUUGAAUAUUAGGUUCUGAGGCCUGGGCUUAUGCAAAUCCUAUGGAGUAUAUUGUCAUUUCGGUUUUAGCAGGCAUUCUACUCAUUUCACAGGCAACUACCACAGCCCUUGUCAUAGUGGGGGCUGGGAUAAUGGAAAACGGGCCACAAAGGGGAGAGGGGAAGUUGAAAGUUGGGAGGGGCUUGGGGGCGUUACUUGAGGUAUCUGAACCCUGGAGGGACCGGAAGUGCAGACGAGUACAGAUCCGGGAGUUCUCUGUGGGGUCCCGUGGAGGGGCGGGGAAACCAGCCCACGCAGCACGUGCGAGACGCAGUGCGCAUGCUCAGGGCUGCACGCCUUCCCGUCGGCCCUUGUGCGGCGUGUGCAACGUCGUCUGGGUGCGGAGCUGCGCGCAUCGCGUCUUAGCCUCUCCGUUCUUUCUGCCUGGCUGAGACUCACCAGGUAGGUCCACAGAUCUGUCCUGCCUGGAGUUUAAGUGUGCGUGUGUGUGAGGGGGAGCCAGCGGGCUUCGGGCGGGUCAGGCGGUGUGAUCUAUGGCCUCUGAGGAGGAAAGCCCUCGAGGUCGUUGUCCUCACCACAGGUGUCAUGGCCACCAUAGCUCUCGUCCUGGUGGCUGGCAAGGGAGGGCGGUGGGCGGUGGAGGUUAGGGAGGUCAGAUGAAGGUAGAGCGAGUCAUGGUGGCGUUAUUUGCAGUAUCUGGGUCCUGGAGGCCCUGGAACUGCAGACAGAGCACAGAAUCCGGAGUCAGCAGUGGGGCCCGGGGCAUGGGGGUGGGGCGGGAGGUAAAGGAAAGGCCUAGACACUAGACCAAUGUGGGGUUGUAACGGCAUCCUGAGAUUUGUAGUGCCCCGAACAGGGUGCCAAGGAAGGAGAGUGCCUCAUAGGAGUCUUUAUUGCAGCCGCUCAACUCUGCAAAUGCAAAAAUAGCCGUAGGCAAUAUGCGAACGAGUGAGUGUGGCUUUGUGUUCCAAAAGAAUUUAAUUAGGGUGGGGGCAAGGGCUUGGUAAACAAGAGUGUGACGAAAGCAAUAGUCCCUAAAGUUUUAAAUUUCCAGUAGUAUUUUACUAAAUGUCUCCAUAAUGGUGUAUGAAGUUGUGAAUCCAAAACUCAUCAGAAAUGUGUUCUUGUCUUUUACUAUGUUUGUUUGUUUUUUUUUUUUUUUUUUUUUUGCUGUACGUGGGCCUCUCACUGCCGUGGUGUCUCCCUCUGCGGAGCACAGGCCCCGGCCAUGGCUCACGGGCCCAGCCGCUCCACGGCAGGUGGGAUCCUCCCGGACCGGGGCACGAACCCGCGUCCCUUGCAUCAGCAGGCGGACCCUCAACCACUGCGCCACCAGGGAAGCCCUACCAUGUGUUUUAAGUGGGAAAUAUGAGUCGGAGAAUAAAGUCAACAUACAGACCUAAAGAAAGACGUGAUGAUCAAGGCUAUCCCAGGGCAGUUGGGCCUGUGUUUUUCCAGCAGCCCGGUGAUAAGCAACCUCAACAAGAGAAGCCACUAACUAAAAGUCAGGACAUUAUACUUGGUCAAGAGAAAAAGGAUGAAGGAGCAUCUUCACUUCAAGUGGGAUAUAUGUGUCGGAGAAUAAGGUCAACAUACAGACCUAAAGAAAGAGGUGAUGAUCAAGGCUAUCCCAGGGCAGUUGGGCCUGUGUUUUUCCAGCAGCCUGGUGAUAAGCAACCUCAACAAGAGAAGCCACUAACUAAAAGUCAGGACAUUAUACUUGGUCAAGAGGAAAAGGAUGAAGGAGCAUCUUCAGUUCAAGUGGGAAAUAUGAGUCGGAGAAUAAAGUCAACAUACAGACCUAAAGAAAGACGUGAUGAUCAAAGAUAUCCCAGGGCAGUUUGGCCUGUGUUUUUCCAGCAGCCUGGUGAUAAGCAACCUCAACAAGCGAAGCCACUAACUAAAAGUCAGGACAUUAUACUUGGUCAAGAGGAAAAGGAUGAAGGAGCAUCUUCAGUUCAAGGUCCUGCCCUGGAAGCUAAUCAGCAGGAACUGGCUCAGCCAAAGACUGGGUGUGGGUGUGGAGAUGGUUCUGAUGUCAAGAGGAAGAGACUGCCAAAUCCAGAGCCCAUUAAAGAGCCAGAAGCAGGUGAAGGGCAACCACAGGUUUAAAUGAAGACAAACUGUAACCAUGCAGGCUGUUCUUGUGUUGGAAAUGUGACUGUAAAAUUCUCUCAGUAAAGUUUUGCAGUUUUGUCCAAAGAAGUCUUGCAUGUCUUCUGUUAAAUUUAUUCCUAGGUAUUUGAUGCUAUUGAAAAUUGUACCUUUUUUUGGAAACUUUAUAUUUUGUUUGAUCUGGUAUAUAGAGACCUAAUUUUUAUGUGUUGUUUUUUCUAUCCAGCAACCUUGCUAAAAUAUGCUUAUUAAGUCCUAAAGUUUAUCUUUAGAUCCUUUUCAGUGUUCAACAUACAUAAUCAUAUCAUCUUUGAAUAAUAAUGUUUUGUUCCUGCCAUUUUAAACAUUACAGCUUUUAUUUCCUUUUCUCAUUUUAAAGUAGAUAGUAGAUAGUGGAUAUCCUUGUUUUUCCCUGAUGAGAAAUGGAAAAUUUUCAAUAUUUCACCAUGGUGUUUACUGUGCUUUUCUUUUGGUAGAUACACUUUAUCAAAGUCAUUCUAUUUUAUUAUUCAUUUGCUUAGAGUAUUCGUGUUGAUUACAUGUUGAAUUUCACCAAACACUUAAAGUGCAUUUAUUGAGAUGAUCAUAAGAUUUUCCCCUCUAUUAAUAUGUUAAUGGGUUGAAUUAAAUGGAUAAGUUUCUAUGUUUAAGCCAACUUUAUAUUCCUAAAAUAAACAGUUUGGUCAUGAGUAAUCUAUGUCCUAAUAAUUUGUUUAGGAUUAUGUGUGUCCCCAUGAGUGACACUAGCCUAUACUUUUAUUUCAUGUACUCUCUUUGACUUUGGUAUCAAGGUUAUGCUAGCUUCAUACAAUGAGCUGGGAUGUAAAACCUCUUCUAUUCUCUAGAGCUUCAAGGCUGUGAGUAAUGUGGGGCCAGGCUUUCCUGUGAUCAGCUGUUUCUGAAUUGCCUUUCUCUUUGAAGAUUGGACUUUACUUAAAAGGUAGAGACAGAAGGGGCAGCUCCAGGUUGCCAUCCCUUCAAACUUUGUGAGGUGCCCAUCUUCCCUGCAAGAUACCUCUAAUGAUGCUGUCACUCUGAAAGCUACCUGCUCCUGUUUCUAUGCUGAUACCAAUCUCCUGUACACAGAAAGUUAAAAGUCACGGCUCUGUUAACUUGCCUAGAUGAUUUUGAUCUGUCCUGUAUGGUCACGAAUGGCUGACCAACCCUGGAGCUGUGUA